UGACUUUUGUUUUCCUAUCUUUUUUUGUUCACGAUUGUUGACCUGAAAAUUUGGAGAAAAAUUAAAUGUGUUUAUUAUUUAGAAACAGUGAAUACGCAGAUUUUUAUAAAUAGAUAUAUCUUUUGUAUUUUAACAAAAGAAAAGAUACAGCACCUAAACGCACGUACUAUUUAUAAUUAACCACAGUUCCAUACAGUAGUGACGUUCUGCAUUUUUGAUGUUUUUCAAAACAAUGAAUAAAUAAAAUUUAGAAUCAAUGUCCUCAAAUCGGUGAAAAAUAAGUGUAUUAUCAAUCAAACAAAAAUGAAGGUAACAGUGACUACAUUAACUGACUAUAUUUUUGUGCUUGAUGUUUCUGAAGAUUUAGAACUAGAAAACUUUAAAGCCUUUUGUGAAAUUGAAUCGGGAUUUCCCGCAUCGGAAAUUGUAAUAGCAUUUAAUGGAAUGCCUUUAAUGGACAACAAGAAGUCUAUGAAGGACCACGGCAUUCGGGAUGGCGAUGCAGUGAUUUUACAACAUAUGUAUUCAAGAUCCCAAACUGCUGUUGAUCAACAGCCAUCAGUUUCCAGUUUUGACUUCAGCAAUAUAGAGGUUCCAAAUAGCACCAGAAACAGGUCUACUGAAGAUGAUCCUGUAUUAAUUAGAGACAUGUUCCUAGCUAAUCCAGAUCAGUUAGCUUUGUUGAAACAAAAUAAUCCCAGAUUAGCUGAUGCACUUCUUAGUGGCAAUAUAGAUACAUUUGCAUCGGUUUUAAAAGAUCAAGUAACAGCUAGACAAGAAAGGGAACAACAAAGACUUAGAAUGGCUAAUGCCGAUCCAUUUGACACUGAAGCGCAAAGACUGAUUGCUGAGGAAAUUAGACAGAAAAACAUUGAAGCUAAUAUGGAAGCCGCAAUGGAAUACAAUCCAGAGUCUUUUGGAACUGUUGUCAUGCUAUAUAUCAAUUGUCACGUUAAUGGGUAUCCAGUAAAAGCCUUCAUUGAUUCAGGUGCUCAAACUACAAUAAUGUCGAGUAAAUGUGCAGAAAGAUGUAAUAUAAUGAGAUUGGUAGACACAAGAUGGGCUGGUAUUGCCAAAGGUGUGGGAGUUCAAAGAAUAAUUGGAAGGAUACACAUGGUUCAAAUACAAAUUGAAAAUGUAUAUCUAACCACAAGUUUUUCAGUGCUUGAGGAACAACCCAUGGACAUGCUUUUGGGUCUAGAUAUGUUAAAAAGACAUCAAUGUUGUAUAGAUCUUAAAGCCAAUGUACUUAGGAUAGGUACCACAAGUACUGAAACGCCUUUUUUACCAGAGAGUGAACUUCCUGACUGUGCAAGGCUAAGCACAUUUUCUGAAGAAGACGUUAUACAAAAAUCUAGGAAAGAAGCUGAACAGAGAGACUUACAGACUGCUCUAAAUAAUAGUAGACAAGCGGCAGCUAGCACAUCAGCACAAACUACUCCGUCAACAACAAACACAAAAGAUACUCAACCCGAUGGCCUUUUAGCUAGCGAUCGGUUUUCCGAGGUCGACGUAAAAGACUUAGUAACAUUAGGUUUUUCUAGGGAUCAGGUUCUUUUUGAACUUCGCCGUUUCAACGGAGACAAGACUCAAGCUACAGCGGCGCUAUUCGCCAAGUCGCUCAAAUUCUAGAUAUUUAGGUUUUCCUUUUUUAUAAGAGUACCCCAUAAACUGUAUUUCGAUUACGUAAUACGAUUUUUAAACUUCUACAGUGUCAUAGAUAAGGCGACAUCAUAUGGUUUUUAUUUAAUGCCUUACAGCGCUUUCACAUGCGACGGAGCGUCCGUGACCUCGAGUAAGUACCAUGAGUUUAUAUGAACAAUUUCACAUGGGCGCGUAUGCUCCGUCCGACGGAAUUUGUUCGACGGCUAUCUUGAAAAAACACGACGGACGGUCCGUCGCAUGUGAAAACGCUGUUAGGUGAAACUUUGGCGUUCAUUUUUUUUUGUUAAUUUGGAUUGGAUUCAAAAUUACGUAAAAAUGAGUGUACAAUUCUCACUUUUCAAAAAGAUCUUUUCGAAGUUUCAACUUUCAGGUUAUUACUUUAUGUCAAAUUUGACAGAUAACCAAGUGUAACUCGAGCGAGUCGGAAAAGUAAUAACUUGGCCAUUGACAUUUGUUAGUCAUGAAAAGUUGAUGUAAAAUAUUCAAUUUUAACAUCAAAAUAUUCAAAGCAAUCAAAUUCUCAUUAAAACCCUGAGAAAAAAACAAACGAGAGAAAAA